AUGACUCGCAUUCCAAUCACACAGGCACCUGGGCUGCUCCCACAAUUACGGCUGCAUGCGUCGGCAGCGUACGAGGCGGGCAGUGACUUGUAUGUGUAUGAGAUCGUCAGCACUGACUUGGGCAUGGCGGCAUCGGCAUCCAACCACACGGUCAAGUUUUUCGACCGCGGCACGCUACAGGCCACAGGAACGCUGGCGCACCACAGCGACCAGGUAACGCAGAUGCGUGCGCGGCCAAACUCGCUUUUGACGAGCUCCCUUGACGGCCAAAUCGCCAUUUGGGACUUGCGGCAGCCAUUGGGCGCACCAGCACUGGGAUUCCGCGCCAGCGACCCGCUUCUGAGCUUCGACCUGGGCAAUGACGAGCGGCUGCUAGUGGGCGGCGCGCGAUUAGACGAGGACAUGCACUUGUCGCGCAUUAGUUUCUGGGACACGCGCGGCAGCGGCACGCAGGCCGUGCGCGUGUUCGAGAGCAUGCACAGCGAUGACGUUACGCAGAUCCACUGCGGGGCGCGCGAUGGCCGCGUGCUGUCGGCAUCGACCGACGGGUUGGUGUGCACGUUCGAUCCGGCGCAGGAAGAGGACGAUGCUGUGCUGGCUGUGGCCAAUACAGGCGCAUCGGUCGCGCGCUGCGGGUUCUUCGGCCCUGACGAGCAGUACGUGUACGCACAAAGCGAUAUGGAGACGUUGCAGCUAUGGUCCGACGACGCCACGCUGCUGGCUGAUUUCGGCGAUGUGCGCGCUGUGGCUGGCAGCGGCGUGCCCGUCGACUACAUGGCUGGCUUCCGUUACGAUGCCGCCACACAGCGGCUGUUCAUGGCCGCCGGCACUGACGCUGGCGACCUGCACGUGUUCCAUGUUGGCGCCGGGUUGCUGGAGCACGCGCAGGUGCUGGCCGGCGGCCACUCAGCCAUUGUGCGCGCUUUUGACUGGGACGCACACGCGGGCUGGGCCGCGACGGGCGGCGAGGACGGGCGACUGAGCGUGUGGGCAGCAGCUCAGUAG